AUGGCAGAAGAAAAAUUAAUAGAGGCAGUGAGGGAACACAGAGAGCUGUGUGACACAAAACACGCAGACUACAUGAAGGUCAAACCCAAGAACCGGAUUUGGAGUUAUAUAGCAAAGGAUCUGAAUUUGAAAGACGGGGAAGAGACAAAAAAUUCGUGGCUGAAGCUGAGAGGCAGCUAUGGAGAUGCACGACGACGACGACAGGUGAAAUAUAUGAAAAGCGGAGCUGCUGCUGAGAAUAUCAAGCCGUGGAGAUAUCAAAACCAGAUGUCAUUUCUUGAACCUUUUAUGACAGCUGGUCCACGUGAUAGUAACCUAGGUGAUGACAGUGAUCACAGCUCACAAGCUACAACUAAAACAUCAGCAAGAAGUGGUACACUGGAAACCGAGGAAUUAGAAGAUGACAACUCACUCGACAAUGAGGCGAAUGAGCAAAGUCAAGAUAUUAAUAACUACGACAGCAACGAAGCAUCUAGUAGGAGCAUAGGAACGGAGUGCAUAGCACAUCACACCGUUACUUCAACUCCAGUUAUUCAAAGAAAUCAAUCAAGGAAAAGAAAACAGGAAGACGUUGUAAUUCUGCUAAAACAAUCAAUGCAACAGCGUGAGGACAGAGCAAGACAAAGAGCAGAAGAAAGAAGAGCGUUGGAGUCACACUGUAUCAAAGAUGACCCUCUUUACAAAUUUUUUAUCUCUAUGUAUCAGCUGACUAAAAAUAUGCCUCAAAGUUACCAACACAGAAUCAGAGGUCAACUUUUCCAGGCUGUGUCACUUGCAGAAGAAGAAAUAAUGAACGUAAGGAGCCAGACACCUUCGAUGUCAUCUUCUUCAAAUAAUUAA